AAAUAAAGAUGGAAAUCAAAUUGUAUUCAUGGGAAAUGCCCUUUUGCAAACAGAAUGCAGCAGUUAAUGAUAUUACCUGUCAUUCCUGUGCACACAGCUGGUGGUUGCUAUAGAAACGUGUCACCUAGCAGCAGAAAAUGUAGUUGCUAUAGGGACAAUAAGUCACGUGACGUGUCCUAUAGAUACCUGUCGCUGUUAUGCUACAAAAGGACUCACCUCAAGGAUUUAAUGCAUGCGGGGGGGGGACAUCCACUGGAAAACACAUGCCAUUUUUUUAAAGCGGGAACUCAUCUAAGAAGUGCGUCUUUAAAUGUUUAAGUGUCUCCAGUAACAGAUAAAUGUGCUCCCUGCAGGCUGAGGUGUCAUAAAUUGCUGUAAUCGUUUUCUGACAGCGAGCGUGCACGCACAAAUAGUGGAAAUCAUUUAUAAGGUGAUCACAAGGAGGCUUAUUCAUCAUUCAUUAAAGACUAAUUAGGAAAAGUGCUUAUUACGGCAGUGAAGUGGAAAAUGGAGCAGCGGAUUUCGCAUUAUUCAUAAGUUUUAUCUAAUAAGAGGCGGAAAACAUGACGCACCGAGUGAGUUGUUUUUGAGUGUUACUGGAUUUGAACUUGUCAUCGAUUGCUGGUCCCAGCGCAGGUCCGACGGGUUCUCCCCCAGCAGAGAGCCUUGUUGUGUCAGAGCCCGAGUGGUUUUCUCAUUAGGAUGCUGCUGUGUCGGUAACGGCAGCUCCUCGUUUUCUCUGCCCCACUUGUUUCUUACUCCCGCUCUUUUAAAACUACAGACGCACUUGGCUUGUUUUCCGCCUCUGUCCUGUCAUCGCUGGCAGACACAGCGCUCUGCCCUCCUUUAUUGUCAGGCUUUUUUUUUUUUUUUUUUUUUUUUACAGUUGUUUUCAAACUCUUUAUACAGGCUUUCUGUUUCCGGUCAUGACUCAGUGCUGCACCCAGGUAUCCCCUCUACCUCCUCACCCCAUUUCCUCUUUUCUCUUAUAUCUUGUCUCCUUGCACUCCCAUGGAUCCCUUUCUCAUCUCUCAGUAAACCGAGGGAAUCUCUCCCCCUGCUCAUGAAACAUUGUGUGGGUUUCCUGUUUGACGCACACCAAGGAGUGAAAGGAGAGAAUCGAGUAGAGAGAGCGAGAGUGAGAGGGAGCGCAGAAAACCCGAGAAAAAGAGGCUGGUAGUGUUUGUCCUUGUGUGAUUCACCAUCUGUGGUAAAACACUCUCCCACAGCAGUAUUACCAAUCGGAUGAUUGACAUGAAAAAUACAUUAAGAUGUGAGAAGGAGAAAAGAGGGUAGGAGGAAAAGAACAUCUGGUCUUGUUUGUGAUUCACGCGUACUUUAAAUACUAAAAGCUUCGUCUGCUUCUGAUGCUUAAAUCAGACUUCACUGCCAUGAGAUAUGUAGAAGAAAAAGAGAGGGGUGGAGCGAGAAAGAGGGAAGUAACCAAAUAAAAAGAAAAUCAAAAUUAGAGACAGAUUAAAAAUAGAACUGAGAGGACGGUGGGAGGAGAAACGCAAACAGAGAGAGGGAAGAUAAGAUGAGAAAGAAAGCUGCGGGUGGAUGGAAAGGAAGCGCAGGAAGGGAAAAAUUAUUCAGGGUCACAACCAGAAUGCAUUAGCCGGUAGACUGAGGGUGAGAAUAGGAGAGAGGCAGAGAUUUACAGAUAGUGUGUUCUUGGAGGAAGAAAGAAAGAGGGAGAGAGAGAGAGAGAGAGAGAAAUUAAAACAUAGACAGAGGAAGGUCAUGAGUUUGUUCUUGUUCCUGUGCUGAAUCCAUUUAUUCUAUUACACUUACACACAGGUACACAUAGACACACUCACACACGGUGCAGAAAAUGAUUAGCUAAAUAAUUAUGCUAUUAUUUCUAUCAGGUAUUUAAGAAAAUAAAUAAACAGUACCACACAAACUCAGUCCAAAUCAGUCUCAGACCAAAGCAUAUAACAGAGCCGCCGAUUCACUCAAGGUCAGCGUGCGCGUGUCAUGGAUCACUUGUUCAUGCGUAUGAAGAGGCAGCAUCAUAAAGGGCGAUAAUGUUGAGACCAAAGGACGAAUGUAUUAGAAACAGCAAGAAAGUCCACAAUGAAAGGAGCCUUGGAUCGGCUGGGUGGUUCAUUCAGAGGACCUUCAUCCUGGAUUUGAAUUCUGUGUGAAGCCUUUCGUAAAUUGUGACUGUUUUAUAGGAGGGAUCUUAGACAUGCACGAGAACCUGUAUACAACACUGAAGGAAAGAUUCAAAUGUAUAAUAGGUCUCCUUUAAAACCAGACGUGGGUUUGUUGCACCGAACUCGAUCGCAGACGAAGAAUGUGUUGUUUUUUCACGGUUCAGCAGGGGCCAAGCGCGACAGUGAAACAGUGGACUGCUGGGUUUAUUACACGGCUUGGCUUGAUACUCUGUUGCACAAUUGCAUCUCAAUCUCAUUCUAACCAAACACAGUACAGCACAAUUACUUUCUGAAUUAAUCAUUUGGAUCACAAUCGCACUUUCCACUGGAAAAAGAAAAAGGAUUAUACGCAAUAUUACGGUAAUAACUCACGCAAAACCACUUUGUCACUUACUGCUGCAUUCAGUUUCCCUUUUAAAAACUGCAGUCAUUAAUCUAUUAUUGAUCUCGAAUCUUCCAGCUGGUGAUUACUAACUCUUUAAAUGCUCCGUGGCAGCUUUGUAUGGUCACCCAAGAAGGCUGAAAUGAGCUAUAUAUUGUACUGUACUUGUGGGAGGUUAGCCGGAGUAUGUUAAUUGUGAGGGGGAGCAAGAAAAUGAUGCCAGUUAGAUUAAAUGUUUAAAGGUGGUGCUCAUGCUGAGGCCACGAUUCAAACAAUGUUAUCACUUUCCACUGCUGCUUCACGGCAGUUUGCUGAUGAUUCUGCUGAUGGCGCCUGACCCACAGCUGAUAACUGUGAGUUGAUCGCUUCUACAGUAAAAAAAGAAGAAAAAAAAACAGUCAGCCUGCAACAAUACAGCUACUUCUGGAGCACAAUAAUAGAAAUAUCCAUUCAGAUUCUUUACUGUGGUAAUUUAACAUCAAAUAUAGUCACUUUAAUCCUCUUAGUGCUGAACGGUACAAUGCUAAUGUUAAUGUGCACCCAGAUUAACAGGCAUUUAAACCCAAAUGAAGGCUCCCAGAAUAGGCCUGUUUGUUUUAAGCCCACUUCCUUUUAAUAACUAUUAAUAGACAUCUGAGCAGCUGGUGAGCACAGAGACCAUGAUUCAUUUGAAUAAAAUGUCAGAAUUGCAGCCCUAUUCACAGAUUUAGAACUGCGACAGCAACGCAAAGAUAUGAAAAUUUAAAUAAAUGACUGAUCUGAUUUAAAAUGAUCAGAGAUUACAAAAGCACGAGCGAUGCACGUUUCUCCCACUGGUCGCUUUCUAAUUCUGCUCGUCUUAUCAUCUUGCUUCCUGAGUUUCUCUUUCGUACACAGAGGAAGAAUGCUGCAAACAAACAUCCUGCAAGGGUGGAUGACUACGUACAGCAUGCACACACAUACGCAUCCCCGCCCAUGCUGGCCUGAAAUCUGGCCGUCCAAAAACAACAUACCCAGUAAACAGAGGAGACUUGUAGUGGGUGUGCACAUUUUUUUGUGCGCCGACAUCUGUAUCACAGCCAAACUGUGAAGAGCUUUUUCUCUAGCUUUGAAAGGCGCUCAAAGUCUGCCACACUUGUGAAAAUGUGUUUUCAAAAGUCACUGCUGUACUUGAAGUGACACGCUUGUGUAAAAUAAGGUAAAUAGAGCUGGAACUGGAUCAAUCUGCUGGAUCUGUGGGUGAUGGUGCAGCCUGAAUAUCAAGUGUUGUACACCUCCUUUACUCAGAGCAUUUGGAGAAUGCAGAAAUUGACAAGUGCACCCUUGACCUGUUCUGAAAUAUGAGUGUUGUAAAUGUUUUUUUGUCUAUGUGCAUCUGUGCUUCUGAAUGGAUGUUUGCCUUUGUUGGUUUUUUUCAGUUGCAUCUUUUUGUUUGCGUGUCAGAAAGACCAAACAAACUGUCAGGAAACAGCUCCACAUCGAUGGUCGUUUAGUAGCGUGGCAGCACGGAUACAUUCACAACAGAUGCUGGACAUGCAGUGCAUGUUAACUCUUUGCUUUGUGUGUAUCUGCAGGUUCAGUAUGACUGCAGCAGCAGGUGUGCUGACAGGCUUGGCCAAGCUAAAACGCCAAGACUCCACCCGCUCUCAGCACCGGCCCCUAUCAGCGGCAGGCCUUGGAAACGCUGCCCCAGAGAGUGCCCCCAGAAAGCGGAAACGACGCACUGAUGUAGUGGUUGUGCGAGGAAAGCUCCGCCUCUACUCCGCCUCGGGGUUUUUCCUCCUCCUGGGAUUGGUCAUCCUGGCUGUAGGGAUCGGCAUGGCGACACUGGGUUACUGGCCGCACAGCGAAAGCAUGCCCCCGGCCAAAUCGCAGACGGGAGUUGGCCCUAAGACGCCAAAUACUGGAGGAGCUCAGACAUCUGCCACAGGUGAAGGAAAUGAAACCAAAAUAGCCACAGACGGGACUGUGGGUAACUCCAGCGCUAGUCAUCAUGUGCAAGAUACACCGUCCAAGCAGACUGGAGGCGCUCUUGCACGGUUCCUGGAGCAACAUCGUCACUCUGAGAGGAUGAAGAUGUUCGGGCCCUUCACCAUGGGCAUUGGGAUUUUCAUCUUCAUCUGCGCUAACGCCAUUCUUCAUGAAAACAGAGACAGAGAAACUAAGAUAAUCCACAUGAGAGACAUGUACUCGACUGUCAUCGACAUCCAUCGCCUCAGACAGAAAGAGCAUAAACAGCACCAACACCGCAACAGCACCUAUGCACGAGAGGUUGGAGAUCAUCGAGCCUUCGGAGCUGAUAACUCAGCACGGUUGGCCAGCAAUUCGCUCCUCGCGUUCUCUCGAGCAGGUGGAGGGUCUGCAGAGGAGGAGGAGGUGCUGUUAGGGGAUGAGGAGUUUCACAGACAAAGGGAGCAGGCUAAGUUGGAUUGUAGCUUUGCGGGGCUGCUGGCGCCGCUCUACAAGGAUCGUCCCUUCUACGGCCCGGGACUCGGGUUGGCUCACUCGGAUUCGAUGCGUCACCAAUGGUCGGUGGAUGGAGAUGUGGAGAAGGGAGGACACCACGCCCGCUCUAUAGUCUCCUCCUCUAUUUCUGCGUUUACUCUCCCAGUCAUAAAGCUCAACAACUGUGUUAUUGAUGAACCGGAGAUGGAGGCGAUUACCGAGGAGGAGAGAGGAGGCGAGAGAAGAGAUGGAGAGAGGUCACAGCCUCUCAGCUCCAUGGAGUCUCUGGUGGUUCCUGUAGCAUCUGUUGCCAAGGCCUCCAAACCACCGGGCUUACACCGGAGCAACUCCGCCUCCUCCUCCUCCCGCUGCUCGUCCAUCUCCUCUGUCUCCCUCUCCCCGGCUCCCUCCUCUACCUCAGGCUGCUGGCUCUCCCCAGGAGCAGCGAGGACUGACUUUGGCUCCAACUCCUCUCUGCACAUGCUCAGCAGCCACUCCAAAUCUCUGGACCUGGAGCGCGGGCCGAGCAUGCUCAGCGUGCGCCCGGAGCAGCGGAAACACCCCAGCUGGCCCCGCCUCGACCGUAGCAACAGCAGCCGCAGUAGCAGCGGCAACCGGGGCAGCACUAAAGGCUACAUGCGGCUGGAGGACAGGGAGGACCAAGGGGAGCGGCUGCUAGAUGUGUCACAGGCGGCGGCGAUGAGGCGCGACUACAGUAAGCGGGAGAAGCUGCUAAUGAUAUCGAGAUCGCAUAAUAAUCUGAGCUUUGAGCACGACGAGUUAAGCAGCAACACACUGAAGAGGGGCAGCUCCGAGACUCGAUUCUGAAGAACUACAGGCUGAUAACAGUUCGGUCCUGCUCUGUAAAUUGCUCUCCUGACAGUAUGAGUGAACUGCACUUUUGUGUCAGGGGGACACUAAUGAGUUCAGCAGGUACACCCCAGAGAGAGAGAGAGGGAAC